AUGGGUGCUAAAGUUUAUGAGAACUUGAAUGAAUUUGGCAGCCACAGCACCGCGAAGGAUCUCCUGGAGAAACCAGCAUCCUACGCCACGGAUCUCAUCCAGGCUUCCAUCAAGCGGCUUGACAACGAGUACAUCCGCUCCCAGAUGGACUUCGUGGAGCUCCAGCAGAAGAACCCCGUCCAGAUCGCGAGGAGUGGCAAGACGGUGCUGAGCCCAAACUUGAGCGUGACGAGCUGGGCGCAGCUUCCAAUCUACGAGCUCGACUUUGGCUAUGGAACUCCGGUGUUUGCUGGCGGGCCUUACGUGCCAUUCGAGGGGAUUAGCAUCAUGCUGCCUUCCUACACCAGGGAUGGAAGCAUCGACGUGAUCAUCGGCCUGUUUGAGCCAGAUAUGGCCAAGUUCCGGGAGAUUUGCUUCGAUGUAUAG